AUGGCAACAUCUCCAGUCGACGAACAUGAUCGACAUCCAAGCCACCUUCGGUCUCGUUCAGGAAGCUAUGUCGACCACAUAGAAGAGAAGACGAAAUGGGACCGGAGGAGUCGCGAACGAGAGAUGAAACGCUACCAUGACAGCCGGCAUGGUACAGUCUCAACUUUAGGGUCUUUGAAUCAAACCACGUCUGAUCGGCUCGGCGUUCCUGUCUUCGAAAUAACAAGAAGGAUGCGAUCGAGUUCAGAUGCUGGCAGAAGGGCCAGAGGAUUAGAACGGGGAUACAACACACAGGAGGUGCGACCUAGCAUCAUACCAAUAGACAAUUACAACCUGACCAGCGAGCCAAUCUUGCCUAGUCAGUUACCUGUAAAAUACGAAUGGAACCCGCAACACCAGGAGAAGCCAAGCAUCAAGGUGGAAAUCCACCAAGAUAGUCCUCCCUCGUCGAUGAGUAGCACGAAUUUUACGCCAAAGAGGAGUCCAAGCGCUAGCCCAAGAUCGCCUACCGCACAACCUCAGCUUCGGUAUCAGUAUGCGACAAUACAGAAUAAGCUCGACCAGAUCAGCAGCACAUGUGCGCCCUAUAUCGAUGUCGAGGCAGCGGAGCCUCAAGACCUCACUUUUGAGAAGAUCGUUGAACAGACUAAAGGCUUUGCUUUCGACUUGCAAGUGUGGGCUCAUCUUGCGAACAUUGAGGGUAUGGCGAGGGUCGACUCACGGAAGAGAGAGGUCGUGGACGCUGCAUCGCUAAGCCUAGAUCGCCUGCUGGAUCAGAUAACGACCCUGAACGACGCUUGUUCUAGGGCCAAGCCGAGGGAUCUAAAGUUCAGAGCGCUUCCUGAGGUCGACGACAACAGCUUGUUCGAAGAUGGAGAUGACGACAGCCGUGAACCAGACCCCACAGAGACCCUGAGCUUCAUCAUCCAUUCCAGCCUACACAGCAUCGAACUGCAAAUCCAAAACCUAAAGCGGCUGAGCCGGACGUUGCAAGAGGCUACACCAGAUGCAAGAGAUGAGGUCAUAGCGGUCGCGACGCUCGUCGCGGAGACCGUGAAAUACUUUGGAUCGCAGGACGCGUUGAGUCGCCAUUCGAUAAACGAGAAGAUUCCCGGGAGGAAGGGGUUGGAAGAAGCACGGUAUGCGAACUCACGCUAG